GAUUUGCAAUGAUCGGCUUCAUACAACCAUGACGAAAUCUAAGGUUUUACGAGGCACUUCCAGUUGGUAUAUGCAGAGUUGGGCUGCGGGUUGUUAUUGGUUGUCUUAUUGGGAGAGUCGCCACUGGCUAUUACUUUACAGUUCAUUUUACUGUUUUGUACAGUAUUUCGGUUUUUUCGCGAAUAGUAAACGGGUACUAUAUAUAUAGAUGUCAAGAAACACAAAAUUCAGAAACUGCGUGAUAUUUUCUUAUAUGUAAAAUACAUAUUUUGCUUCUGAAAACCAUUUUAUAAUUUGAUUAUAAAGACUCUAUUAAUACGGUCUCUUAUUUGGCCAAUAUAGUAGGCUAACAGUAUGUAUUCGGGUGUAUUAGUUUUAUUUUUAACUUUUCUGGUCUGCCAGUCGUUACCUUUUCGAGACGUGUACACAAACCACUGGGCUUUGCGGAUUUCAGGGGGACAUGAAGAAGCAGAUAAACUUGCCUCAAAAUAUGGAUAUAACAAUUUGGGUCAGAUAGGAGCCUUGAAGGACUAUUAUCAUUUUCAUCACAGCAAGGUGGUCAGAAGGUCAGCCUUCACUGCAAGGGGCGAUCACACCUUUAUCCGCAUGAACCCCAAGGUCAACUGGAUUCAGCAACAGGUGAUUAAGAAGCGAGUGAAGAGGAAUGCUGCGAGCGAUCAAGACUAUUUCACCUUUAAUGACCCUAAGUGGCCCAACAUGUGGUACUUUCAAUGUGAAAAUACGAGUCACCAGUGCAGCUCGGAGAUGAACAUUCUGGGAGCAUGGCGGAGAGGCUUCACGGGCAAGAACGUGGUGGUCACCAUCCUGGAUGACGGCAUUGAGAAAAAUCACCCUGACCUCGCUGCAAAUUAUGACCCACUGGCCAGUUAUGACAUCAACGGGAACGACCGCGACCCCACACCACGCUAUGACGCCAGCAACGAGAACAAGCACGGCACCCGCUGCGCAGGCGAAGUGGCAGCCGUGGCCAACAACUCCCAUUGCAUUGUGGGCAUCGCGUACCACGCUCGUAUCGGAGGUGUUCGGAUGCUGGACGGGGAUGUGACGGAUUUGGUGGAAGCCAAGUCUUUGGGAGUCAGGCCGAACCACAUUGACAUCUACAGCGCCAGCUGGGGGCCAGAUGAUGAUGGGAAGACAGUGGACGGGCCCGGCCCUCUCACCAAGCACGCCUUCAGGGAGGCCAUUAAGAAGGGUCGUAAAGGGCGGGGCUCCAUAUUCGUAUGGGCAUCGGGCAACGGGGGCAGGGCUGGCGACCAUUGCUCCUGCGACGGCUACACCAACAGCAUCUACACCAUCUCCGUCAGCAGCACCACAGAAGCCGGCACCAUGCCCUGGUACUUGGAGCCCUGCGCUUCUACGUUUACCACUACCUACAGCAGCGGGGAGAGCUACCACGGGAAGAUUGUGACCACUGACCUUCGACACCGCUGCACAGAAGGGCACACCGGCACCUCAGUCUCCGCCCCUAUGUUGGCAGGGAUCAUUGCUUUGGCACUGGAGGCCAAACCGCUGCUCACCUGGAGAGACGUGCAGCACCUCCUGGUGAGAACAUCACGUCCAGUCCACUUGAAGGCCAAUGACUGGAAGACCAAUGCUGCAGGCCACAGAGUCAGCCAUCUAUAUGGUUUCGGGCUGGUGAAUGCAGAGGCUUUGGUCCUGGAAGCUCAGACAUGGAAGAAUGUUCCCCCCCAGCACGUCUGCAUCGAGACCCCCGACAACAUGACCAGGUACAUCCAUACUGACCAGCUCCUGAAUGUCAGCAUUACCUCCACAGCCUGUAUGCAGCAGCCAAACCACCAAGUGCAGUACCUGGAACAUGUGAUAGUAAAGGUCACAAUUCUGCACCCACGGCGAGGAGACCUGGAUAUCAGCCUGGUGUCACCGUCGGGAACGCGCUCGCAGCUGCUGGUCAAUCGGCAACAAGACUGGUCCAAAAAUGGCUUCAGGAACUGGGAGUUCAUGACAGUCCACUGCUGGGGGGAGAAGGCAGAGGGUCUGUGGACACUGGAAAUCAGAGACUCACCUUCACAGCAGCGUACCACAAAGAGUCUGGGUAAACUGAUGGAAUGGACACUGAUCCUUUUUGGAACCUCAGAGCACCCUUACCGCUCCAUAUCCUCACUCCAAGCCAUACCGGAGACACCCAUCCCAGAGCAGCAGGGGGGGAACGAAGGGGAGGAUGAGUAUGACGGACCCUGCCACCCGGAGUGUGGGGAGAGCGGCUGCGAUGGGCCCUCCGUCAACCACUGCCUCAACUGUGUGCAUUUCAGCCUGGGCAGCCUGCAGACAGGCAGGACGUGUGUCAGCCACUGUCCCGUGGGCUUCUAUGAGGACAAAGCGGCCCGGAGAUGCAGACGCUGCAGGCAUGGCUGCGAGCGGUGCCAGGGCGGGGCGCCUGACCACUGUCACUCCUGCCGCAAAGGACUCUACCUGCAGCCCGAGAGCCACACCUGCGUGCUCAGCUGUCCCCUCGGUCAUUACGUGAACUACGUCCACAGGCAGUGUGAAAGAUGCCACGAUAACUGCAGGACAUGUUGGCAUGAUUUUGACACGUGUACAAGCUGCAAAGAGGGCUACAGGCUGUCACGUACCACCUGUGUGCUUGAGUGUGCUGAUGGGACAUUCUUAAGCCCAGAGGAGAAAUGUAAUUCUUGCCACCAGUCCUGUUCCACCUGCAAAGGACCAGGAAAAGAAGGUUGUAUUCUGUGCGCCCCAGGCUUUCUGAAGGAGGAGUUGCUGUGUGUGUCCUCGUGCAGCCAAGGCUACUACACUCAGAGCACCGCUACAGGUUCAACGAUAUGCAAAAAGUGUCAGGACCAGUGCCUGAGCUGCAGCUCACCUGGGAUUGCCUGUUCCAGGUGCAAAGAGGGCUACAGCCUCCUGGGUGGAAUCUGCAUUAUCAGUAACAUCUGUAGCAAUGCGGACGAGGUCUUUUGCGAGAUGGUGAGGUCUAACAGACUUUGUGAGAAGAAGCCCUUCCGGCAAUUCUGUUGUAAGACGUGCCACAUGGGCUGAGGAAGAGGAGGAACACCACAUCACACAUCAACUCUAUUGCCUGUUGUACGUUUUCUCAAUCGUUAGGCUUUGAUGAAUUGUGCUGUGUGCUAUGACACUUGCAUAAUCACAAGAGUCACCCCUUCAUGUCAUAUGAUCACAACGUGACUGAAAAUGAUACUUACAUAUCAAGGUUUUUAAAAAACCAGCACGUCAGGUGAAACCGAUCACGGGGUUUUACGCAGUCUAAGUACUGGGUGUACUGACGAACUGAUAGCAUAAUAUUCUUUCAGCACUGCAGUGCUUGUAAAGCUUUUACAAUCAAAUAUAAAAAAAAGAAAACAUUGGAAUUGUUUGCAGUUUUUGUAAGAAAAAACCAAACUCAUCAAAGAUCACAUUCAGUAGUAUAGAUUUAUUAUGGUACAUUUAGUGGGAUUGUAGGGGUAUGGGUUUCAGAAACUAUCCAUCCCUUUUGUUAUGCUUUUGAUUUUGUUAAAUGAUCUCAAGACCAAAUAAAAACAAGUAAAACA